CGCCGCUUAGCCGCCAGUCUGUAGUAGAUCAUCGCCCAUGUGUGAUGUACUCAUUUUCCUGCGCCUCUCAACGGAAUUUAUAAUUUUUCUUAACAUACCACCCUCGCACUAACGUUUCGUACGCUCAACGUGGCGCAACGCGUCGGAAGUUUCGGUUUUUAAACGCUUUUUUUGACAAGCGAUCGUUCAGGCACUCAAUAUUAUUUGUCGUAUUACAGUUAUCGUCAAAGUUACUAAGUGAAAGUGUUUAUAUCAUACAUAAAUAUAUAUAUUCUCGAUUAAAAAGUAUAUUUAUGAUGCUACCUUCGCCGUAUUAUCCGGCCGCCACCGCGCUGGAUGAGCUGCAAUUGGCGCGCAGCGAGUUUGUUUGUGCGAAUAAUCCGUCGGUGGCCGCUUUGUUGUCGGAGAAUAAUGUUGCUGCCGCCGCUUACUAUUAUCAGCAACUGAAUCCUUUUCUGCGCAUUAAUCCGAAUUUCUGGUCAAUGCCGUUAUCUUUUCUGCAAAGCUCACAUCGGCCAGAAAAGCCGCCAUUUUCCUAUAUCGCCUUGAUCGCGAUGGCCAUCAGCAGCGCGCCCAAUCAGCGACUCACGCUGAGCGGCAUCUACAAAUUCAUCAUGGAAAAAUUUCCUUACUACCGGGAGAACAAACAAGGAUGGCAAAACUCCAUCCGACACAAUCUCUCUCUGAAUGAUUGCUUUGUGAAGGUGCCACGUGAUAAAAACACAAUUGACGAUAACGACAACUCUGGCAAAGGAAGCUAUUGGAUGCUGGACGCAUCGGCCAAUGAUAUGUUCGAACAAGGCAACUAUCGGCGUCGACGCACGCGACGGCAGAGGCAUUGCAUUAGAAGUUCUAGCGGCUCCGAGGACAACUACCAACUGGAAAAGCAUCAAGCUUUUGAAAACUCUAUGGAUGAUGCUUCCGCUGCAUCACAAAGUGAUCUCAACACAUUCUGCAACAAACACGCCGCACCAAUGGGCUUAAAUUACUCCGAUCGCAUUACCGAGUUGCAUCGACAGUACUUGGCUUCGAUUGCGCCAUUCAACAUACUCUUUCGAAAUGAACCGCCAGCACAGCCGAACAUCGCCACCAGCACCGCCGGCACAACAACGCAGCUCAGCGCACAGCGCGAACUGGCAUUACCACAUGUGGGUACAAUGGUGCCUCUACUUGCCGCAAAUCAAGAUGGUAGCCAGACUUCAUUUCGUGAGAUGGACAGCUUCGAUCUGUCCGGUGGUGCCUACUCCAACAGCAACAGUUCGGUGGACAGCACGCGACAAGCAAACUCCUUUUCACCCAGCGCCUUCACACCCAUCACACCAGCUCGUAGCACGCAGCCGCUACCACCACUGACGCAGCCUCAGCUGCAGUCGCAACCAAAAGCACUCACAUCCGCUUUCACCAUCGAGAAUAUUAUUAAGAAAGACUGAAGAGCGGACAAGUCGACGGCACCAAAUACGCGGUAUACUCACAAACUUAACUUAAUAUGUACUUAGAAUUUACUUGGAAUAGUCAAGAUCAUAACUACUACGAGAUUAUGUGAUAUGAUAUCAAUAAAAUAGAAUAAAGUAAUAUAACUAUA